UUCAUUAUAUAUUAUUACAAUAGGAACGAUGCGAGUUAGAAUUCCCGGAGAUGGGACCACCUGGUUGGUACGCUGCAUCAGUCAUGGUUGAAGAUUUUGUGGACAAAGAUUCGACUGAAGCUUUAAGUUCAAUUCCAUUCCAGUUCCUUUUGAACGUCACGCAACCUGGUAGCUGUGUUGGGCCUUUAGUCCAAGGACCUACUUGCGAUAUCAUCCGACCAGGAGAGAAAUGGACAGGUCUCGUUUCCGCCAGAAUUCUUCCUGCCUCGGACGCCCGAUCUAUCAUCGCAAUGCCUAUGAGUCCUCCUAAAGGAAUGACGAAAAAGAUCAUCACAAGUCUCCCUGCUGCCGAAGCAGCUAUGGAACUUUCUUACCGAGCCGGCAAGAAUGAAGGGAUUGUUGGAUUCUGUUACACAGCACUGGGUGACAACUGGUAG